AUACACAUUGUGAGUACUGUGUUUUAAAGAAAAAUUUUUUGAUCUUUUCAAAGAAAGUUAAGAAAAAAAUUAACAACGCAUUAAUGGACAAUUUUUGUAACCUAUAAGUUAUUUUAACAGUUAUUACCGAGUCAAAAAAUUAAUACAUACAUUUUUUUUUUAUUGAAGUGAAAUAUAACAAUUUCUUAGAUAUACUAUAAGUUUAAAAGCACAUUUACACAAGUACAAUGGAUCAAGUGAAGAAACUUACCGAACCUGGACGUCAAUUUGCGAAAGAUAGUAUUCGUCUUAUUAAACGAUGCACAAAACCUGAUAGGAAGGAAUUUCAGAAAAUUGCCAUUGCCACUGCCAUUGGUUUUUGCAUAAUGGGUUUUAUAGGAUUCUUUGUCAAAUUAAUUCAUAUUCCAAUUAAUAAUAUCAUUGUGGGUUCAUAAACUCAUUAAAUAGGUAUAUUUAAGAUUUAAUAAGAUUAUAUUUCCUUCCCUUUUUCCAAAGUAUCUUUAUUUAUAAAAUGAAAUUAUGAAUUUUGUUUUGAAUUGAUUGUGACUGAGAUAUGAGAAUGUAAUAUUAAUAUCGAAUUCUAUAAUAAAAUGUGUGUGUAGUA